AUGGCCAAUACCACAGAAACCAUCCCAGAGGCCUUUGAAACUCGCAAGUGCCAAAUCCUCGCAGACCUCUCGAUCCCAGACGCAGAAUACACAGAUCUAUCGCCCAAAGGAUCCGUGGACGAGGGAAUCCGCGAUCUGAUUCGCGACGUCAACGCACAGCCCGGCUUGGUGACGACCAGUAGCUGUGCUGGGCGGAUCAGUGUGUUUCUGGAGGGGAGGAAAAAGCAAUCUCAGAAACCCCCACAACAAGAGCAACAGCAACCACAGCAAGAACAGCAGCAACAGCAACAGCAGCAGAGACAGUUCGCACCAUCUGGUGGCAAAGGUGCCGGACGAUGGUUGUAUGUCUCGCAUGAGCCUCUGAAAGAAGAGAUGAAGAAUGGUCAAUCAUUGCACGGGUUGUUUGGACUUGUGCCGGGGGAUGGGAGACCACCGAGGAGGCUGCAGGGCGAACAGGGCCAAGCCCCACGUCUUGUGCGCUUUCAUUUUGAGCCCAUGAUCCUCCACAUCAUGACUGCAACUCUUCAACACGCUAAUCCGGUUCUAUCAGCUGGAUCCAGUUCGGGUUUUCGAGAAAGCGGUUUGCAGAGUCUUCGCUGCUUGGAAGACAGCGAAGGUAUUAGCCCGAUUGUUGCUGUCCGCUCAUCGGGCCUUUCGCUGGAAUCAGUCAUUGGCUACUGUGAUGAUAGCAACGAGGAUGACGGUGGCGAGCCUGUCAUCCACAGCCUAGUUACAGAGGAAUAUCUAGAAAUGCUGGUUGCCAUUUCGAAUGAGCGUUUUUCGGUCAACACAGAGCGAAAGGAGAGAUUCCGAACAUGUCUGCUCGAGUUAUGUUCUCCAGAGAAGGCUCCUGGCUCGAAGUCAAAAGGAAAAUCUAGGCCUCCUGGCUGGGAAGACCCUGAGCAACGGAGAGAAAGGAAGAGGGCCGAAGGGCUAAUAAGGAAAAAGCUCCUGGAGAGCCAGGUGAAUACAGGUGAUGGGGAUACGAAGGUGGAAGAUGAUUUGUGA